UACUUAAAAAAAUCAAUAAAUUGUGUACUAGUCAUCUACUGAUGAUAUUCCAUGAAUGCUAUUUGCUUCUUGCAGGUAAAACAGAACUAGAGUUACCGUACCUGAAGUUAGAAAAACCCAGGAACACGCUUAUUACGUGGACAUCUAUCCUAUGAUCUGGAAGGAGUUUAAGAAAAGGGGAUAUGUCACCAUAUUUGCUGAGGACGAACCCUCGAUUAGUGCUUUCAACCUUAGAUUGAAUGGUUUUAAGGAAUCCCCCGUGGACCAUUAAUAUAUGAGGCCAUUUUGGCAGGCCAUCUGGGACUCCGAACUCCGAGAAAGGAGCAAGAGAUAUUGCACGGGCGGUACGCCACAUCAUCAAUUUUUAUUAGAGUAUCUGAAAGACUUCUACGUGAAAUAUCAGAAUGUUUCCAAAUUUUCCCUGACAUUUUUGGCCGAAUUGACUCAUUGGGAUAACAACCCUGGAGAAUAUUUAGAUGUGGACUUUGUGAAUUCUUUGAAAGUGUUCAGCAAGUUGGGAUUUCUGGACAACACUUUACUGAUUGUGAUGGGAGACCACGGUGCUAGGUAUGGGAGAAUCAGGCGCACGUUACAGGGGAAAAUGGAAGAGAGGCUCCCCUUCAUGAGUCUUCAUUUUCCUCAUCGAUUUAAACUCAAACAUCCUCAUUUAAUUAAACUUCUAUCAAAAAAUGCUAAUCGAUUCACGACACCAUUUGAUAUUUAUGUAACUCUCAAGGAUGUCCUUGAUUCCUCAAGGUUGUAUAAACCUGUGACACCGAGCAGAGGAAUCAGCCUCCUUCAGGAGAUUCCAGCUAAUCGGAAUUGUGCGUCUGCUCAUAUUGACCUCCAAUUGUGUUCAUGUUUAGUGCAGAGUAAGGUGGACCCAAACAGUGAUAAUAUAAAAACCAUGGCGGACCAACUUCUUCGUUUUAUCAAUGAUCUGACUCUGCCAUUGAGGGACUCAUGUCAUGAGCUGUCAAUUCAUAAAAUAAAAUCUGCAAAUUUAAUAAGUCCUAAUGAAAAGGUUUUGAAAUUUAUGAAAACAGUGGAUUCUGAUCAAAGAGUAGCCAACUUUUAAUAGUUCAGAAAUAAAUAUGGAUGUUGCACAUUACCAAAUCACCAUGGAAACACUUCCUAACUAUGCACAAUACGAGGGCACAGUGACUAAGAACUUGAAGGACAACAAAUAUGAAGUUUUCCACAGUAUUAGUAGUUUAGAUCACUGUGGCAACCAGUCUGCUUGUGUGAUGAAGCAGUACCCUGAUCUCAGAAAAUUUUGUCACUGCAGAUAAUAUUUAUGGAGAUUUGAUAAGACUUUUUCACAUAUCAUGGAUUCAAAAUCAAGUUAAAUGUGUUCAUUAAGUUGGGAUAAAAGGUAACAUCAUGAUAAUUGAUCCAAACUCCUGAAUGUAUACUUCUAGGAAUGCAGGCAGCAUUUACUGGCAUUUGAAGUUUUGGGUUAUUUUUUUAUUAUGACCAUAUAAUUGGAGGUUUUGGGGAAUACUUAUAUAGAUUUUGGUGUCUUUCUGUUUUCACAGAAAUGUUAAUUAACUUUUGAAUGCUUGGUCCUAGGGUUUAAAUAUUUCAUGUGUAUUCCUUGUGACAAUAAUUUAAGACCAACUUUCUUCCGAUACCAAUGUUUUUUUUAUUGUAUAACCUUAACCUUGCAGUUUUAUUUAUUUUGGAAACACUUAAACAAAAUUUUAACUUUGUUCUGACUUUUGAACAUUUGAUGCUAUGACUUUUACAUUUCCCAUAUGCAUGCAUACGUUGUGAGAUUUAAGACCUUUCUUUGGGUACCAUUACCUGUUUUUGAAAAAAAAUCAAACAAAAAAACCCCAAAACAUUAACUUUGGUCAUAACUUUAGAAUGGGUAAUACAGUAUUCAAAUUUUCAUAUUUCACCUGUAUAUUCCUUGUGAUAAUUUAAGACUUUUCUUUGAGUAACAAUUUUUUUUACUUCAUGACCUUGACAUUUGACCCGCUUUGACAAACUUAAACCUUACCAUGGUUCCAUGCAGGGACAUCAGUGAUUCACAAACACAUUUUGUUCAAAUAUUUUUCUUUCUGUGAUACAUUGAUAUAAUAUUUUUGUAAUGUAUUUCAUUGCUAAUUGAAUUCUUGAACAGGAAAACCCAAAGUGGUGAACUUUCUGUUUAAUUUGUCAUGUCACUGCUCAAUGUGACUGUGAAUUUUAUUAAUUUCUUGUUCAUUUCUCAUGUUUCUAGAUGCCUUUAAUCUUAGUAAUUUGUAUCCAUUAUUAAAGAUGUACAAAUUUACCAUUGAUGAAGUGCUUAAUUAAUCAAGAAUAUUGAUCAGUAUUGAAUAUUAUAUGCACUCUUUUGACACAAAGUGUAUUACAUUAAUAUUUGUUAUAUAUGCAUGUAUUUAUAUAUUUUACAUUUGUGGGUUUCAAUUAAU